ACUUGGCGCAGCUAAUAGCGCCAGAGCGAAAAGGAAACAGAGGACUUGAGUUGACAGCGUGACAGAUUAACUAAGAGGGGGACCUUUGGGAAGGAUCUGCAGCCUGGUGGCUGUCAGUGAGCGACAGCAGCGCGUUUGGACCGAGCGGUGAAAGAGAUCAGCCUCGUUUCUAAAGGCGUCCGGAGCGCAGCGCAGCGCAGCGCCGCAGCCUGAACACGGAGCAGAAAGGACGCCUGACGCUGCUGCGAUUACAACUUCAUGGCACUGAGUUAAACUAAGCAGUUGCAACACAAGAAGAAAGAAGCCUUUAUAUUUACCACAACAGGAAGGAGAUCUCUUUCUAUCUUUGCCUCUGUAAGACUACCCCAGGACAUUACAGCUAAAACCAGAACAACAGAAGCUCAUACAACCACUUCAUCUAACUCGGGACAACUUAAGGGAAAUGGAGAACUGACAACUGAAGGCAAAAAAGGCACAAAAAAAGGCUGUUCCUUCCAUAAGUCCGCCCUCGACAUGUCAGGGCUUAAGCGUCAUCAUGAUGGGAAGAUUGCUGGGCUGUACGAUCUUGAUAAGACUCUGGGCCGCGGACACUUUGCAGUGGUCAAACUGGCACGUCAUGUCUUCACCGGAGAGAAGGUUGCAGUAAAGGUGAUAGAUAAGACUAAGCUGGACCCGGUAGCACGGGGUCACCUUUUCCAAGAGGUCAGAUGCAUGAAAAUGGUACAGCACCCCAACGUGGUUCGCCUUUACGAGGUCAUCGACACAGCCACCAAGCUCUACCUCAUUCUGGAGCUGGGCGAUGGGGGAGACAUGUACGACUGCAUCAUGAAGCAUGACGGAGGUCUCAGCGAAGAGGUCGCCAAGUGUUACUUUGCCCAGAUUGUCCACGCCAUCUCCUACUGCCACCGGCUCCAUGUGGUCCACAGGGACCUGAAGCCUGAAAACGUGGUUUUCUUUGAGAAGCAGGGAGUCGUCAAGCUCACAGAUUUUGGUUUCAGCAACCGCUUUCAGCCGGGAAAGACGCUGAACACAUCCUGCGGCUCGCUGGCUUACUCUGCUCCUGAAAUAUUGCUGGGGGACGAGUACGACGCUCCUGCUGUUGAUAUCUGGAGUCUGGGGGUGAUCCUCUUCAUGCUGGUGUGCGGUCAGCCCCCUUUUCAGGAGGCUAACGACAGCGAGACCCUGACCAUGAUCAUGGACUGUAGAUACACAGUGCCUCCGCAUAUCUCCCAUGCCUGCAGAGACCUUAUAGGCCAUAUGCUGCAGAGAGACCCAAAGAAACGAGCUACCCUAGAGCAGAUCGAGAGCCACGAAUGGCUCCAAGGUGUCGACCCCUCCCCAGCCACCAAGCUGUCCACCCCUCUGGUGUCGUAUCGCAGUUUAUCCGAGGAGGAGCACGGAUCCAUCAUUCAACGCAUGGUCCUGGGAGGCAUCGCAGACAGAGACGCCAUAACUGAGGCUCUGGAGUCUAACCAGUACAACCACAUAACAGCUACCUACUUUCUGCUGGCGGAGAGGAUGCUGAGGGAUAGGCAGGAAAAAGAACAGCACAACCAGACACGAUCGCCGAGCCCCAGCAAGGCCCAGUUCAGGCAAUCCUGGCCUACCAGAGUAGAUGUACACCAGGAAGUCAGUGAUGGCAUUGGAGGUCCAGCUAUAUCCCACCCUGGGGGCCCCCAGUCCCCUGCCAGAAGCGCUGAGAGCCUCCACAAAGGUCCCAGGCCUAAAACCGCUUUGCUCGACCUCAAUCAGCGGCAGGAGAUCCAGACCCCAUCUUCCAGCCAACAACAGCCAGCAAGGCAGAAUCAGGAAAAGAGUUCGAGGUCUCUGGGGAAGCCCCACUCCAACCCCCUCAGGUUGGGCUCUCUGGGGUCCUUGGGUCCUUGCAAACCACGUAGUCCCAGUCUUUUCAGUGUUGAAGAGGACGAGGAAGAAGAAGGUGCAGAAGAUAAAUGCUUGCCCCCUUCUGCUUUACCUUCUCAAGUCGUGCUGCGUUCCAAAACCUCCUGCUCCUCUUCCUCAACAUGCUCCGCUGGUAAUCGUAUGACUUCUAGAAUGAGUGCUCCAGUUUUAAAUCAGAUCCACGAGGAAGACAAAGAGGAUGAUGAAGAGGAGGAAUGUAUAGAAUUACAUGGACUUUGUCCUCCUAAGCCAAGUCUUAGCCUAAAUCUGAACUCUAGAAUACCAUCACCCUCAACGCUUAUGUCCUCUCCCAAGUCGCCAACAAAUGCCACUCUAACUCCCAGCUCAGAGACAAGUGAUGAUGAAACAGAAAGUCCCUUUAAUUCACAUUCAUUGACUGUAGUGGGACAAGAGGAUGAAAGAGAGAGGGAGGUGGACAGUGAGAAAAGAGUGGCCGGGCAGGGUAGUCCCCCCAACUGUGCCAGUCCAGGAUCGGGGUCACUGCAGGGAAAAGGUACAGCAAAAGCAGCCAGUGGGCUGGUGGAAAGCCUAAAACUCAUGAGUCUAUGUCUGAGCUCGCAGUUCCACAACCUGACGGGGGGAGGAGGAGGUGUCAGCGGCGGCGGUGGUAGCGGUAGCAGCGGUGGCGGCAUUAGCAGCAGCGUUGGGGCUGACCCCCAAGAGCGCCCCAUGUGGAGGAUGUGCAUGGGCGGCUCCACCGGCAGCCUGGACAAAGUGUCGCUGCUUGGCGGGCCCUCCCCGAAGGGCAACCUUUACCACCAGCCCCCACUGGGAGACGUUCUGGCGGAUCCUCUGCUGGAUGGACCUUGCACUGCAACACUGAGACUUGGGGAACUGGAUUUGGCUAGAGAAAACCACAGGAACAUAAAGAACCGUGCGCUGCAAAUGCCUUUGAACGAGAAAACAUUGUCCGUCAACAUUCACCGGAGCCCCAAGGAGGGUUUGCUCUGCACCCCUACCCCACACAGCUGCUGCCAGGUCAUAUAGUGUCGCAGCCGCAUUAACCACACUCCAUGUCUCCCUCUUGUAUCACUCUUCUUCCUGCUGUCAUUUAACUGCAUCCACUGGUUGUCAUAAGUUUACACUCUUUGUGUUUUCCUUGUUUGGUUUUGAUUAACACCUAAUGGUGGGUAGCUGGGAGGGGAUCCAAAUGCAAAAAUUGCACAUUUGGAGACAUAAAAUGUCUCCAAGGAGGAGUGUGUGUGUGUGUAAGUAUGUGAAGCACUUUCAGUAAAUUAAACAGAACACUAAGGGGAUGUUUUAACUUGACGGUGUGUUUAAUCUGAGACUUUAAAAAUAGAAGCAGUUCGAGGAGUCGAAAAGCCUGCUUCUUCACACUACUUCUACUGUAAGUACACAGUGCUCACACCUACAUCACUGAAAUAAGCUGACAAAUGAAAACUGGCGAGCUUUAGUGUUGUGUUACAUAUCAUGAUUUUGUUCCAGUUUUUUUUUAAUACUUUUAUUUUAUUUUAGACAGUUUUGUAUUAUCCUGAUUGAAAUAUUUAAACUUUCUGUUUUCAUUUAAGUGUGGGGGAAAAAAGACAGGAAGAAAACACUUAAGCACUUAAGCGUGAGAGAGGCACACGAUAUAUUUUUAGCACAUUUUAUUUAUCUUGAAGUUUGCAGAAAGAAAACGCACACUGAUUUUGUUUUAUUUUAUUUGUAAGAUCUCUGCAUAGUUUGUACAUAUGUGUAUAGCUUGAAAGUACUCUGUACCUGUAGUAUUAAUGGUAAAGUUGUAUCGCAGUAGAGACCUGAAUGCUAGAUCCUUGUACACCAUUAUUCCGUCAUUACUUGAUUCUCAAGGUCUUGGUUGAAUCCAGAGCUGUUUGUGUUUAACGCCUGGAAAAAGAACAUUUAAGUAAGGUAAAAGGCAGCUCUGAAAACUCAAGCUCAUUUUGUGAGGAAGAAAAGAAAAAUAAUCAAAAAAAAAACCUCUUGGUGCAUCCACAAACCGCGUCCAUCUUGUAGUUUUCCAUGAGCACAGUAGCCACUGCUGUAGCGUAUUCCAAGACUACAACAAAGGGGUUUUACGAGAACACAACACUCCCCCCACCCAAGUGUUGAUCUUUGUACCUGAAUGUGUGACCCACCCCUAGUGGAAUAUAUAAACCAAUGACAGUGCAUGUGUUUUUGCUGUAGCAACAUCAUUUCUUACCCACAAGGUCAAAACCACCUGUCGUCUCUACCUAAGUAAACAGAAAGAAACGGUCACUUUACUGUAACCUCACAGCAAUACCAGCAACUACAAAAUGUACAAUGGAUGUGCCAUAAAUCUGUCUUAAUUAUAUUGUACUGUAUGUAUAUGAUAGAGAUCUAUUACAAUAAAAUGAUGUGU